CUGCUCCCCAAAGCCACGAUGAACCAGUUGAAGCUCUUCAGCCUCAGCUGUCGCAAGGCGCAUAUAAAAGAAAGGGCAGCCGGCCACAACAAAAUGUCUUUCAAUGUUUAUUGCAGGCAGCAGCAGCUGACAAUGCGUUAUAAUAAACAACGACCUAUCGCCAGCAAAACGCAAUGCCUCGACUAUUUCAGAUUGUGAGACCCGCCUUCAAGCGCUCCUACCAGAUAAUACCCGAUGGCGAGCAGCCUCUCUACAAGGUCAAGAACCGGCCGUUGCCCGGGAACCGCCCGGAUCUCGCGCUGCACAGCGGGCCUGACCUGGCCACGCCUAUUCUGGCUACGUGCUACAUGCCCAAGUUCUCGCGGCACUGCAAGAUUGGAUUCGGCGAUCCCACAAGCGGCGAGCCCAUUAUCUGGGAAGACUUUUUCAAGCCCAAGAAGAGCAGCUGUGAGCGUAACAUCUCCGUCUCCUUCUCGAGCGACGAUAUCGUCUCCGAGACAGGCAAAGGCGAGCGUGAGCAGUUCACCUGGAAACGCACCAAUCAUGUUUGCGUGCCCGGCAAGAAGUUCCACAAAGCCAGUAAGCGGAAUAGAAAGCUCAUCGACGAGCGCGGCGAGCUUGUCGCUAUAUUCACAUACGAUACCAAGAUUGGAGUUGAGGGAUGGCUGCAGAUCAACGUUGACCGAGGCCGCGACUUUGAUGCGCUAGUCAUGAUUACGGCGUUGGCGAUAUGUGAAAAAAUACGACGGCAAUAGCCAGCCUGUGCAAGGAUUAGUAAUGACAGGUAGCGAUGAUACCCUAGUUUCGAUGGUUUUGCUGGAGUUUUCACUUUCUUUCCUAUCUAGGCAGAUUGGCAAAUAAUACUAUACAUCUAUUCCUGUUGCAGUGUUGGGUGUCUACAUCAAGCGCGGUUGUGUUUCAAACCCUUCGAACCAGCAAGAGGCACACUUGGAUUUGUUUCGUUUCUUCUCUGAAGCCCACUCUCUAAACACUUAGUCUACACCAUAUGCUAAUAGUACUACUAACAUUUUUAACCUUCAAUAUUUGCACUCUUC